CUCACAGCGCCAAGAACCAACCAUGUCUUCGACCGCCGUCUCCUCACUCGGAUACUACCUGCAGGAGGGAUUGAGGAACUUUGACCUCAGCAACUGGAUGCGCAACUUCGAUUUGGCGAAUACCUUCAAGGAUUUCGACUUGAAGACUUUCGGUUGGUUGGCUCUGGUUGUUGUGGCCGUCAUCUUUAUUGCUGACCUUUUCACGAAACCAUUUUUCCCUUUGGGAAGAAGUCUGGCCGUCUCGGCUGCUGACGCUUGGCAGAAGAACAGGCACCAGAUCACUUUCGAUAAAUUCGGAAGAGACAGUCGAUCCCUGGAACCAGUGACCGAAGUCCUGGAUGCUCUGGCUGAUGCUGUGAAGAAAUGGGAACAAUCAGAAGAAACGAUUUUGAGAAAGGAUCGAUCUUCCUACGGUGGUCGUGACCUUUGGCAGUCCUAAUUAUCUAAAUAAUUCAAAUGAUCUUGUUCCGUUGUUCUUCAUGUUUCUAUAAUUUUAUUCCAUUCGUCAGUUUGUUACGUAUUUAUUAUGUUUUGAAUUAUGGCAUUGUUUUUUUAUUAUAAACAAGAAAACAU